AUGGCGCUGAGAACGCCCUUCCUGUGCGGUGUGGCUGUGUUGGCAUUCACCAACCCAGUGUCCAGCGGACUGUCUCUGUCGUCACUUUCGAACAGAGUCGACAGUUCGGAAGCUUUAUCCACAGACGGCCUUUUCCCGGGGAAUAACGUGUCUAUUCCUGCAGACAUCAAGUCAUGCCCGUCAGAGUUCUACAUGCACCGCCCCACCUUUGCCUGUUACCGGAUUAUGAAGGAAGUAAAGUCGUGGUACGAGGCCCGAGAGGAAUGCCACACCCAGGGGGCUGACCUGAUCUGGUACGAGAACCCGGUCGAGUAUAGACACACGGUCAUCAAACUCCUCACUUCUCUCAAUGAGUCGAAAGAUUACAACAACGCAGGCUAUUGGUCAGGGGCGAAUGACAUCACUGGACGACCUCUGGUGUGGGGUGACACCGACAUGCCGGUGAUGAGCAGCUUCUUCAGUAAUUCCCAAUCCCCCUCCACCUUCUACCGUCACGGCCGUCAGUCGUCUAGCUCGACCGAGAACGCCCAGAAGCAUUGUGUGUUCAUGAAGUAUCAGCGCUCGACGAUGAGAAUGACACAGGAGCUGAGUGAAUGUGACGGCGGAAGGCUGUAUAUUUGCAAGUGUAAGACAAGAGGCAAGGGGCAGUGUGUCUCGCCUUCAAAACUAGACUAAUGGUCUGCUUUGACUUACAGAGAUACAGGACUACAAACUUAUUCGAACGUGUUUCCGUCCGAAAAGCCGACGCCCUGUGGAGCCAGUUUCUCCUUUCUCUAAAACGACAUGAUACUAUACUGGCCGAGUGCCUGUGUGUCGAAGGGCCAUGUCUUCAGGGUGACUAGAGCCCUAACUUUCUGAAAUUCAAAGAAACUCGACUAUUCGUGUUCCUAAAAUUAACCAGCUCUGCAUAUUUUUACCAUUCUUUUUCACUAUACAUC